UCAGCUGCACAAUGUGACAUCGCAUCGAUGAAAGAACCUCCAAACCAGCAGCAGCAGCAGGUUAUGGAAUUAUCCUCACCCGCACAGAAAUAUGGGUUCCCUGGUUUGGCAUGACGACACGUUUGCAAUUUGUCGCAAACUUCGCCGGGCCUGCUCGAGAAGAAGGUUCCACUGCUCGGGUCGGUCUACGCCAUUGGACAAGAUCGAGGUUCUGGAAGCCGUGAAGAGUCGAAGUCAAGCCCCAGCAGAUUUACCGAUCCGCUUCGUCUGACGGCUCAGGCGGAUUUGGAGUCGGCUGAGGGAAAGCAUAGAGGCAGAAACGCCAUGGCGCACACAAGCUUUUGAUUGCAUGCCUUUUACAUGGGCAUCAGGACAAAUGAGAGCAACAGAAAAAGGGUAACUCCGCGCGCGGAGAAACGAAAGCUUGUCUUGUCAGAUUGUGGCACGAGCGUUCCACGUACUGCCGAGAGUGUGCGUAAAUAGAUAGGCUCGGCAUUUGUAGGACUCAAGUGCAUGGAAGCAGGCGCUGCAGGUUCGGUUGGUCUCGUGGAGACGAGACGGACGGAACUUGUUGGGCAUAGAGGAUGAUCUCGCAGCGCCCGGGGCUGCCACGGAAGCGGGCGAAGAUCCUGAGCGCCUCUGGGGCCCACCCGUCAUCCAAAAUCCAGAGGCGAUUGGCUUAACAGUGUAGCUCACCCCGCGAUUGCCUGCUCCGGCUCUAAAUCGAUUACAGUGCGCGACGGUCUGCGUUCGGACUCCCCCCUGGACAGGAAUCUGCAUUGUGUCGACAGUGUGGCUCGCACACUCUGCCCCUGUCGAGGGAAGUCGGGUUCUUCGCCUCGUUCGGUUCAAUUCGAAGCGUGGCGGCGCGCGGAUUUUGAAUUCUCGCGUGCACAUCUACUGUGGUGCGAAUGUUCGUCUGCCGCAGCUAUCUGGAAUUAGACAUGGUAGGCUUCGACUGUCAAAUUUAAUGAUGUCCAGGAGCGACGAGACACAGCUCAGAUUGUGGAAUGCCACGAACAAAUUGAAUGGGUACUUUGACACGAGGAGCUCGCCACAUUCUGGAGCGGGCGGAAUGUUGAAGACGUUGCGGAAUUGGCAUUGAGCCGUAGCAGAGGAUCAAAUUGAGGAAAUCUGCGGGGAAGGUAAUAUAUGUCAGGGAGAUCUGUAAAUCCAUUCACUUGGCUCGGAAGAGCUGGAGCUGCUGGAGGAAUUUGUCCGGAUUCCCCAAGUCCGAUUGUGCAAAUAGAGUGGAUCUUCGAGCUCCACUCUGUUCCACUUUGAAGUCCGAGUAAGUUGACAAACAGAGCUGAAAUUUUCGCCAUGGCGACUGGUGCAGUAGUGCGCCAGGUUAAGAUAACAGCACCGGACUGCUGUGGUAUCAAACGCGGUCCUCUUCAGACUGACUUCUUCGGUCGGCAAGUUAGAGUGCCUGCAUCGGCUACUGCAGCAGUCGCUGUUGCCACCAAUGUAAAGCAAUUCACGGCAUCGGCCUCGGACAUUCAAACUUUCAAAUAUAGAAGCAAAUCUGAUCUGCUUAAUGCUGCUUUGAAAUCGGACGCUCUAAGUGACCCGGUUGCAUUGGAAACAGGCCUUAAAUUUGAAAUUUUUGAAGGCCUGGGGGGACCUGACACUAGUGUCAGUAUAUGUGAAACACGCAAUCUGCCCGCUGCAAUUUCACUGGAUGAAGCGAUGGCCACCCUUCGCUCAGCCAUAUUCAAUCUCCAAGCGAACCCUCUCAGUCAGGAAAGUGGAACCUUGAGGUUGCAGGUGCCGCUUCCACCUGGCCUGAAGGCCUUGCAGUGGCUGCAGUCUCAGCCCCAGCAUCUCCAUCUUCUGCCCAGAUCCUACUUCUCUCCCAGAGCAGCCAGAGGAAGUGGCAUCGAAGACACCACAAGUUCUGACACCUCUAAAGACUUUCACGCAAUAGACACCAACGGUGUUGGGGGUGUCGCGGGCGUGGGUUCAGCCGUUCUCUUUAAGGGAAACAAGCCUUUCUCACUGAAAGAUUGGAAGACUAUGAGGAGGUUUCUUUCCAUAAGCCAUCCGAUUAUAAGAGCUUACGGAGCCAUGCGUUUCAACCCCGAGACUGAGCCAUCGAAAGAGUGGCAACCUUUUGGAUCCUUCUACUUUUUUAUCCCUCAAAUCGAAUUAUGCGAAUGUGAGGGUUGUUCCCUACUUGCAGUAAAUGUAGCAUGGGACAACUCCAUGAAUUGGACGAUUAUGAAAGCACUGAACAAUUCAUUAAUUGUGAUGCAAACGGUGUCAACGCGGAUAUGUCCAGACAACGAGAGACCACUCGCCCAAGUUUUGCGACGGGAGCACGUACCCGAUGAGCCUAGUUGGCAUGAUGCAGUGGAAAAAACUCUUCAGUUACUGUGCGAUCGGGGGGAAGAGAUUUCAGAUAACGGUGCAGUUUCUUCUGUUCAUCCAUCUAUUUCGAAGGUGGUAAUGGCAAGACGAACUAAGCUGGAAUUGGACGAUCAACUUGAUCCCGUUAGUCUUUUGGCCUGUCUUCAGGAAAAAGAUCCAAGUGCCUACCAGUUUGCAAUACAAGUACCGGACGGAAGCGCCUUCAUUGGAAGCUCACCAGAACGUUUAUUCGCAAGGGAUGGGCUGCUAGUGGCCAGUGAAGCGGUUGCAGGCACACGCGCCAGGGGUAGUGGUGCUCUUAAAGACUUUCAGCUCGGCAUGGAGUUGAUGCUAAGCACAAAGGACCAUCAUGAGUUUGAUAUCGUGCGAGAAAGCGUGAAGCGUCACAUGAAGAUGGUUUGCAAGGACGUGGAGACCGAAGUAAACAAAUGUCUGAUAAAACAGGAGAGAGUGCAACAUCUUUAUGCUCGUUUCAAUGGAGAGCUUGCCGAUGAAGCUGCCGAGUUUGAUCUGCUGUCUGUAUUGCAUCCCACUCCGGCGGUGUGUGGACAUCCCCAAGCAGCUGCCAAAGAUGCCAUUUCCACAAGCGAGUCCUUUGAUAGAGGUCUUUAUGCGGGACCCGUUGGUUGGGUUGGUGGAGGUGGAGCGGAGUUUGCAGUGGGUAUUCGUUCUUCUCUAAUUCAACCAGGAACUUCCGAUAAGUCACCAGAACAACCACACAUUCCGCUUACAAACGAUGCAGCGUCAAAACUUUCAAUCUCCAAAGAUUCAGUGAACAACAGGAUACCUGCAAGUUCAAGCCAACGUUCACCAGCUUCAAAGAAACCACUGGAAGGGAAGGGCACGUGCAUAUUUUUGUAUGCAGGAGUUGGUAUUGUGAAAGACUCUAAAUCUUCUUCCGAGUGGCGUGAGCUUGAAUUGAAGACAAGUCAGUUUGAAGCUUUAUUAGAACCUCGUCAGCCCUUGGAGAAAGUUGUCAACAUGAAUGCUUUGUGGGCGAAGCUUAUUGUUGAGGAGUGCUGCCGACUAGGAAUUACUUACUUUUGUAUAGCUCCAGGAUCACGCUCAUCUCCGAUCGCAGCAGCAGCUGCCGCAAAUCCCAGAAUUACCUGCGUGCCUUGCAUUGAUGAACGCUCUAUGGGUUUCCAUGCCGUGGGUUAUGGUCGUGGAGCAAAUAAAGCUGCUGCUUUAAUCACUUCUUCUGGAACGGCUGUAUCAAAUCUUUUGCCCGCAGUAGUGGAAUCAAGUCAGGAUUUUGUUCCCCUGUUGAUCAUCACGGCUGAUCGUCCCGCAGAGUUGCACGAUAGUGGUGCAAACCAGACCAUCGAUCAGGGAAAACAUUUUGCUGGCUUUGUUCGUUACCAUGCCAACCUUCCCGCUGCUGAUGAUAAAAUGCCAGCUCGAAUGGUUCUUACCACAGUUGACUCUGCAGUUAAUAAGGCAAUGUCUGCUCCUUCGGGUCCUGUCCAUAUCAAUAUUGGAUUUAGAGAACCUCUUGCUGGGACACCACAAGCUUGGAAUGCAGCUUGCUUAAAGGGUUUGGAAAGAUGGAUUGAUACUGCUGCUCCGUACACACAAUACAUUGACUGCAAUCCAAAGCUUCUAGGAGGUGUGCACCCAACUUAUGUUGCAGAUUUAGAAGGAAUUGCGGAAUUAUUGGAAAGUGCUACAGAGGGUAUGAUUAUCGUUGGUGGACUCUCAGCAGCUGAAGAAACUUGGGCUGUUGCACUUCUUGCACAACACCUAGGUUGGCCUGUAGUUCCAGACAUUCUGUCUGGCCUUCGAAUUGGCAAAGUCAUGUGCUCAAGCCGCGUUGGAGAAAGAAAAGUGAAUAUUAUUCACAACUUCGACCAAGUCUUACUUAGCAGCAGUGUGGCCCAGUCUCUGAGACCAGAUGUAGUACUACAGAUUGGCAGCAGGUUGACAAGCAAGCGACUUUCUCAGUUUCUAGAAGCUGCUAGUCCUGAAGCCUACAUCAUUGUGGAGGAGCAUUCAUCUCGUCAUGACCCUUCUCACAUAGUCACCCAUCGAGUUCAAAGUUCUGCUGCAGAUUUCUCCUACACAAUAAUGAAUGCUACGGGUUCCAAGCCGCGGACAUCAUUUUGCAGUCGGUUGCAAAUUCUCUCAGAAGUGGUCCAGAGAGAAGUAUUCCUGCGGUUGCAAGCGGAGUCAUCUUUGACAGAGCCAUAUGUGGCACAUUACGUAGUAUCCUGUUUACCUUCGGAUGGCGCAUUAUUUCUUGGUAACAGUAUGCCCAUACGGGACUCAGACAUGUAUGCACAUGGGGCUUUAAAUCUCAUCGGAGACAAGCACGAAGACAGUUGGGAGCAAUCUUUACCUCAUUUAGGAGCAAGGGUCGGAGCAAACAGAGGUGCCAGUGGAAUUGAUGGUGUUCUUAGCACAGCCAUUGGCUUUGCUGCAGGCAGCAGGCAGCGGGUCACUUUACUCGUGGGCGACGUGUCUUUUCUACAUGAUACGAAUGGUUUAACUUUGCUUUCAGAAAGAGUUGGACAACCACCGGUUACAGUUGUUGUUGUCAAUAACCGUGGUGGAGGAAUAUUUAGCCUUCUUCCAGUUGCUGAGACGAUGCCAGAAGCCUCAUUCACGACUCUUUUCACAACCCCCCACACUGUAGAGCUGAAGAAACUCUGUCAAGCGCACAGCGUGGACCACUGGUAUGUAAAGAGCAAGGAGGAUCUUAAGACAGCGUUGCAAGUUGUUCAACGGAGCCCAUUGAAUUGUGUUAUUGAAGUUGAAAGCACAAUCGAGGAGAAUGCAGAUUUCCACAGAUUUUUGCAGGUCUCGAUUGGUCAGGCUGUUACUCGGGCUUUUCAUGUUAUCUCGCUGUCCUCUUCUCAGCUCGGAAACGAGGUUGAUUUUGGAAGCAGAAUUUCUGACGCUGAGUAUAUCCAGCACAGAUUUGCUCUGAAGGCACCCCCAACGACCAAAAUGAAGCGGAGUUCAUCGGGAGAUGAGACUAGAGAAGGUUUCCUUGUUCGCGUCACUCUUUUUGACGGAACAUCGGGCAUUGGGGAGAUAGUACCACUGGAAGGACUGCAUGAAGAAAGCUUAUUAGAUGCAGAAGAGCAGCUACGAGUGGUAAUUACAAAAUUGAAGGGCCUUCAUCUGCUUUCAACCUUAGCGUUGCUAAAUGGUAGCUUUGGAGAAUGGUUUACUGGGGUGGCUGGUAUUCAGGAAAAGAACAUUCUGCCAAGCGUCCGUAUGGGCCUAGAGAUGGCACUUCUUGCGGCGUUAGGAUCUACCAGGAGUUGUUCUUUGUUACAACUCCUUUGUGGCGUACCUCAUUCAACUCUCACUGGACCUGUGGACAUAAACUCCAAUGUACGCGUUUGCGGUCUCCUCGAUUCAGAAGGCUCUGCUGAAGAUGUUGCGGAGGCAGCUGCGGAUCUUGUCAAAGAGGGUUUCUGUACCCUCAAGUUGAAGGUGGGUAGGAGAUCAUCCCCCCUAGAAGAUGCAGAUGUGCUCAAAACGAUACGGAAAAGAGUUGGACCUCGAAUUUGUUUGAGAGCUGAUGCAAACAGAAAGUGGUCACUUCAGCAAGCAUUGUUGUUUGCAGAAUCCGUACCAUCAUGUGGACUUCAGUUUCUUGAGGAACCUGUACGAAACCUUCAGGAUUUGGUUCAAUUUUGCAAGCAGACGCUAUUGCCAGUAGCUCUAGAUGAGACUUUGGAUGAGAAUCUUCUUAACGUCGAAACCCUUCUGCCAAUGUUUGCACGUAUUGGUGUCGUAGCUGUGGUAAUAAAACCAAGCCGUGUGGGGGGCUUCGAACACGCUUAUAGAAUAGCCCAGUAUGCUCAGUUGCAAGGAAUGAUGGUUGUGAUCAGUUCAGCUUUUGAAAGCAGCAUGACCUUGGCAACUUUGGCUCAGUUUGCUGCAUACGUUGAUUGGAAACGUUUGAGAGCAAUGCCUUCUGCCACAUACGACUCGUCAGAGAACCAACCAAAUGCCAGCAUAUUUUCUCCGAUCGCUCAUGGUCUAGGAACAUAUAAAUGGUUGAAAGAUGAUCCUCAACUGCACGUGAGAAGCUCAAAGGAUGGAAUGGAGAUCUGUUGUGUUGAAGCUGCUGAGCAUCUCGAAUGCGUUCAGUCAAGUUUGAGUUUUAAACAGCCAAUAUUUGAUAAGUGUCAUUUGAGCACUUAUAUCAUUAGGGUUAACCUUCCGUACGGAUCAUACUCUUUUCACAUCAAGGAGUUGGGUUCUGAAAACUCGAAGUCACCCGACAAAAAGCCCACACUGCUUUUUCUUCAUGGCUUUCUUGGGAACGGAGAAGACUGGCUACCUGUUAUGGAUGCCUUGUCACUCACUUUCCGAUGUAUUUCUGUGGAUCUUCCUGGUCAUGGCCACACAGCAGUAGAGACAAGUAUAUCUAGCCCCUUGCAAUCAAGGAGCAAAGCAGAGAGUGACUUUAGCGAUGCAGAUGGUGCCUGGUCAGUUCAGGGAUUAGCAUCAGCUUUGUCGGAAUUGGCGCAAAGGGUCGGUGAACACAACGUGAUACUUGUGGGUUACUCAAUGGGAGCUCGUAUUGCCCUUCAUAUGGCUCUCAACAACAACCAAGGGAUAUCCGCUGCUGUUGUCGUGUCUGGAAGCCCAGGCCUUCACAGCUCUGCUGCACGAGAUAUAAGGGCAGCACACGAUGAUGCACUUGCUGCAUCUUUAUGUGAGGGUGGAAUACACUCUUUUGUUGACACCUGGUACAGUCAACCAAUGUGGAAAAGCUUGCGAGCUCAUCCUGACUUUGAGCUGAUCAAACGAUCACGAGUCGAGAAUCAAGAUGUUCAUAGUUUGGCUAAAUCCUUAUCUUCUUUCAGCACGGGACGACAGAGAUCCUUGUGGGGAGAUUUAUCAAUGGGCGAGGUGCCGCUUUUGUUCGUGGUGGGACAAGAGGAUACCAAGUUUGUGGGCUUGGCUCAUCAAAUGGUAGAGACCCGCAAGAGAACUUCUCAACCUAGGCAGAAUAGUAAGAAUGGGAAGUCGUUAAUGCCAGCCCAGUCUCAAUCGAAUGAAGAAUCCACAUCGCCUAGAGACUCUGGGUUAUAUGCAAAAGACGUAGAGGAUGAUAGAAGCACGUCACUUCUUGUGAUAGAAGGCUGUGGCCAUAAUGUUCCUGUCGAGAGUCCAUUGCGAUUGGUGAAGGCUCUCCGUGAAUUUGCCACCACUGUCAGUCGUGUCCGCGGUAAGUAGGCUGAUUUCUCGUCUCAUUUUUCAAUCCCAGUAAUGUUGUACAUAACUGUUAAGCGGUUAUUUACCAGGGCCACUUGAUAGCAUACAGAAGGUGCUCGAUGUGAGAGUCAUCCUGAUGCGCUUCCCUGCUGGGGUGUGGUUUGCACCAUCUUGCUUUUUGGCAACACUAGGUGCCUCUAGACCACCAACACCCGUUGUUUUAAGGUGGGUCAACUCCAUCUUCAAGGACGAAUGCCCUUUGUGUUCGUCUUCAACGUCGUCUUAAGACGGGAGUGUUUGAAAGCCUAGCUGUAUCAUCUGUCAGGCUAAUACUUAGCAUACAGAACAGCGUCAUUUUUUUAUAAUUCUAGUAUGUUGAGGUUCCAAAUGAUACCUCAGCUUGUAUACUCCUUAGCAAGUCAUGGUAGCUGUGCUUCUUGUGUUGGUAUUUCCUCUUCUCUCUAGCACUGACCAUGGUUACAGUCAGAAGAGGAAUUGAGAGAAAACAAGUAGCUGCAAUAAGUUGAAGCAGCUACGUUAGGUUCAGUAAUUUGAAAUCUCCAAUUUACGCGUGGGCUGCUUGCUCUUCUUAUCUUAUCUUCUGAUGUGCAAGAAAUCUGAUACAGCUCUUUGAUAUUUAUGUGUGAGUUUAGGAGCUUAGGAAAUUGGAUAACAACCAGUUUCUGAGGAGUAGAAGUACAAUUUGAGGGACUAUAAUGGUUUGGGUAUUAGUAAUACCGUAUUACUCUACCCGUGAGUAUAGUACUCUCAAAUGGCGGCAAGUUAUAAUGACGUUGCUACAGAAUUACCACCACGCUUAACUUGAAGUCUACUCAGUGCAAGAUAAGUUUUCGGGUGCCAGUUGCUUGAAGCAAGCCACUCUGACAAUUGGAAUUGACGUUGAUGACGAAAUACUUCGUG